AUGGAUAAGAACGAGUUAACAGAUCAGCAACGCCUCGUUAUUGAAGCGAAACGCAGAAGAGCUCUCGACUGUCGGAUUCGCAAUCAAACUUCGGUGAUUCAGCAGCCGUUGGUCGCACGCGUUAAUGAAUAUAAUAUCAAGGGCCCCACCGAAGUCGCUACAAUAAUGCAUGCAUCACGUUCACAAAGCACCCUCGUGAAAUCCCAAACGACGACAAACAAAAUGCCCAGGAUUCCAGCACACCACAGGGCAAGAACUUUCGUCCCGUCAAACAUGCCUCUCAACAGUUUGAAUCGACCGGUGACAGGCAAGCCCGUGACGAUGGGAAAGGGAGUCACUCAACCAACUAACCAAAGCUUAGCUUCCUCAUCUCACGUACCAGUCGUGACAGUUGUUUGCUACCUCUCAUCCAGGUCAACCUUUGAGGUACAGGCUCGUUAUCACGCUGGCCUUUCAGAGCUUUAUAAAAGCAUGCCCACUCGGCAGUAUAUUCGCAGAGCUAAGGCAAUGCCUGGAAUUGCUAUAGAUGGUCUUCCGAGUGCUGUUCUCAAGACAUUUAAAUCCGCCUUCUCUUCGAACCCGUCGGAAGCUGUGGAGGGGAAUUCAACCGUUAAAAAUCUUUCAGAUUAUCUCCCAGCUGACUUGGUUCGUGUUCUGUUCCCUUUCCAACGAGAGGGCGUCAGUUUGGCUUUGGCACGAUCUGGUCGCGUACUUUUGGCCGAUGAUAUGGGAUUAGGAAAAACUAUCCAGGCAUUGGCUGUGGCCGCAGCCUAUCGUUCCGACUGGCCUUUACUGGUUGUCGCUCCUUCAUCUGUGCGUUUUUCUUGGCGUGAUCAGUGCAUGCGCUGGCUGUCGGGACCCUUACGCAUCACAUCGGCAGACAUCCUUGUUGUGGCGAACGGUCGUGAUAUGGAAGGGAUCAAUCAAUACACAACUAAGCUGAUAACGAUAAUCAGCUACGACCUGAUGGCUAAACAUGCUGAACAACUCAGACUGUGCAAUUUUGGUGUGAUCAUCAUGGCUACAAAGCGAGUUCUUUUGCUCAGUGGCACUCCAGCGGUUUCUCGACCAGCUGAACUAUAUUCGCAAAUUUCGGGUGUUGCUCCAAACCUGUUUCCUGGAGGGUUUCACGAGUUUGGGUUACGUUAUUGUGCGGCAAAAGAAUGUCCUUGGGGCUGGGACUACACCGGAUGCUCACAUAUGACGGAAUUGCAAUUGAUCCUGGAGGAAUCGAUCAUGAUAAGACGACUAAAGUCGGAUGUCCUCAGCCAGUUACCUCCUAAACGACGUGAAUUAGUCGUCUUAGAUCCGAACGUCAUCAAAGCCGGUCGACUAAAAUCCCACGCCAAACGGAUGGUCACUUCCAGUUUGCCUUCAGAUGAGAGACGUGCUGCGAUGUUACAAUAUUUUCACGAGACAGCAUCGGUAAAGGUGCCUGCUUUACAACAAUAUGUACUUGACUUAGUCGAAGUUGGUAGGAAAUUUUUGGUAUACGCACACCACACGGAGGUGUUGGAUGCUUUGAGUAAUUUGCUAAUGGAAAAGUCCAUUGACUUCAUUCGGAUCGAUGGUCGAACAAACUCUGAGCAGCGUUCCGUCGUAUGUAGAAAAUUCCAAGAAGAAGAAAACUGUCUUGUCGCUCUGCUAUCGAUUACGGCUGCAGGCACAGGACUGAACAUGACGGCAGCCAGCUUGGUUGUAUUUGCGGAAUUGUACUGGAACCCCGGUGCGCUGGUACAGGCUGAGGACCGGGCUUAUCGUAUUGGCCAGCAGGAUUCAGUAUCCGUAAGGUACCUCCUAGCCGAAGGCACCGCGGAUGAUUACAUCUGGUCACUGAUCGAAAAGAAGUUGAACGUUUUAUCCAAAGCUGGUUUGAAUCAAGAAACUUUCCGAACAGCGGAUACAACGCGACUCGGGACCACAGUUCAGCAAUCGAUCCUGGACUUUUUCGAAUCAGAACUCAUGACGGACGAUGAUGAAGAGGUUGACAGGUUACUCAUGAAUAUCCAUGAUCCGAAUGUGGCGGAUUCUUCUCCGGUAUUCGAAGAGGAACAAAACACAAAGCGUACCUCCCCGCCAGCAAAACGAACCAAACUGACCAAUUUGUUUGCGCAAGCAGUAACCCAGCCCGCUGCUGCUCCAGAUGUUCUGAACUGUUCCGGUCGGGUGCUCGUGUCUGAUACGCCUGAAACCAGUCCGGAUAAGUCAUCUGGUCAGACAGCCGACAAGGACUUUGUUGCCACUCCCGUGGCCUUGGGACCAUCCAGUACUUCAACUGACUUGGAGAAAACAGUUACACUGGAGGAAGAUGACACAGUUCUUCUCGAAGCCGCCAUUGCGGCUGAAGUCGCUUGGCUUACUGAGGGCUUACUGACAGAGACAGACGAGAAUCAGUUUGGUGGUAACUGAAAAACGGUGGUCUACCUACCUGUGGGCAUCCAUAUCGCUUUGAAGUGUAUUCUGAUCACUUUUAUUGAUUUUUACCAUAAUACAUCCUGUAAAUAGCUUUGCAUUGGAUUUGUGUAUGGUCUAUGGGAUAUGCUUUGAGUCAGAC